CGGGAGUUGUAUAUGGAGGAUGAGGGCUGCAGCAGGUAUCUAACUGGUCGGCAUAAACUGAAUUCUGCAGUGCUCUCUCAACACACACUCCCUUAGGCCCUCCCCACUACUCAAUCACUCAGCAACAGCCUGCCUCACUGCCUGAUAGUCCGCAGCAGGUCACAGUGAAAUAUAUAUAUUUAAAGAUAAAUGCCAUGGCGGCUGCGGUGUAACUUAGAAGUAGCCAAAAACCCGCAACCAAUACAUUUUCACCCGCAACAUCGUUUUUAAAGUAUCCCAAUUUCAGAAAAUCGCGGAAAUGGCAACCCUAUUUGCGUCCAUUGAUUUCCCGCAGUUUGAACCCAAAAAAGGAACUCGCAAUGUAGCAAACGUCCGCCCCAAAGAUAGACAAGUGAUGUUGAUUGACACGUUGGAUGAAGCAGGCCUAAUAGAAGACCGCCAAUCAAGUGAUCUGCCCAGGAAGUGGAGGACUGUAGCCCAGCCAUCAAACCAAGGAUCCAUGUCUGUCCUCCCCCAGCCAGGCAACUCCCACCGGCCCAACACAUGGCUCCAUACACAAAGCAGGACACCCCACCAUCCCAAGACUAGAGCCCAGCCCAGGACACCCCAUGCAGCCAUGGCUCCAUCCACCCAGCAGCCUCCACUCAACACCAGGCAGGUCCGGGCUCCAACAACCAGGCAGGUCCGACCUCCAAAGACGGCUCCAACAACCAGGCAGGUCCGGCAGCUAAAGACGGCUCCCACAACCAGGCAGGUCCGGCAGCCAAAGACGGCUUCAACAACCAGGCAGGUCCAGCAGCCAAAGACGGCUUCAACAACCAGGCAGGUCCGGCAGCCAAAGACGGCUCCCACAACCAGGCAGGUCCAGCAGCCAAAGACUGCUCCCACAACAAGGCAGGUCCAGCAGCCAAAGAUGGCUCCAACAACCAAAAACACCUCUAAAACCCAGAACCAGAGGGGUUCCAGUGCCCAUAAGGUUAAAGGCCCUAAAUCCUCCUGUGCCCAGCAGAAGCAGCCCAGAGUACCCAGGCUUGGAGGCUCUGUCCAACCUGUGACCACUAACGUGACCCCGGUCAAGCCCCAACCGAGGCCCCAGCCCCAACCUCAUCCCCAGAGGCCAUAUACACGGUCCCAGCACAGAAACCAGCCACAGGCCCAUUGUCCACAACCCUAUUCCAUCAAAACGCGAUCCUCCUCCACCACCCGUAGCUCAGCUAAGACUCCUACCUGCCCCUCAACCAAACCUAAGCCUUCCAUUCCACCUAAAUCUAAGCCGCCCAAAACUGCCAACCUAAUUUCCGGCACAACGCCUGAAACAGGCCCCCAUGACACCACCCCCAGCCUCCCUGCUCCCUUCCAGUCCUAUGAGAACAUUAUGAUCUGUGAUCAAUUCCUGCUGGGGUACUGCCCCAAGAGGGAGGGGUGCCACCUGUACCACACGCAGUACCCCUUCCACUGGCAGCUGAAGAGGACUGACACCCCGGAGUGGGUCAGCCUGGAACCCAGCUCCCAGCUCGAAGCAGAACGUUGGUUCUGUGACCCAGAUAAGGAAAGGGUCUACCUGACACGUUGGACUCUCAAGGACCAACUCUGCCUGAACUUCGUCUCGCUGAUGGUGGAGAAUUCCACUGUGUACAGCCAAGUCAGGAGGCUGUCCAACACCACUGACCCAGCGCUGAACCCUCACUUCCCAACACAUUGGCGCUUCUACUGGGAAUCUGACUAUGGCUGGGAAGCCUAUGGAGAAGAGAACCUUGAGCUCAUACUGGACUGUCUUAGUAAGGGUCAGGACAGCUGCUGGCUGGGUAAAGACUGGGCCUGUGUAAAUCUCAAGAUGCUUACAGAGAAAAACUUCAUCACAGACUCCACACACCGCAUCAGAUGCAGACCCACCUUCCGCUCGCCAGACUCCCUAAAACACCACCUCAGGAUACUCCCAGUUGGACAGGUGACCCUCCCAAGUCUUGAGGUGGACCCUAUGGAGAAUUUCAACUGCCGGUACCCCCCGAUGUGGACCCUGAGUCCAGGGAACCCCUUUUCCAUGCUGGAGGUUCCCCCUGGGACGCUGGUUUACAGGACGGUCCACGACCUGUUCCACAGAACCAUGCCAGAGAGCCAGGCCCAGAUCACCAGCCUGCAGCAGGUCCAAAACACCUUCCAGUGGGACAAGUAUAGAAUGCAGAAGAAGCACAUGGAGGACACGCAGGACAAUUGUAGCGUGGUCCUGGAGAGACACCUGUUCCAUGGAACAUCCGAGAGCGCCGCCAUGGACAUCUGCCGACAGAACUUCGACCCGCGCGUGGCGAAACCCACUAGUCAUUACGGCCGUGGCGUUUACUUUGCCCGCGAAGCUCUGCGGUCCAGCCUCUACUCCAUCAGAGGGCCGGGGGGAGACUUUACAGACUGUGGGUUCAUGUUCCUGGCUAAGGUGCUUGUGGGUAAAGCCUGUGUAGGAAAGAUUGACUAUGUCCGUCCCCCUCAACUCCCCAACCCCACUAAGUUCGGACGGCAUCACUACGAUUCCUGUGCGGAUCAGAAGCAUCCUACCAUAUUUGUUGUGUUUGACAGCAGCCAGUGCUACCCCUACUACCUCAUCAAUUACAAAGUCCUGGGAAACAAUGGCAGUGCUGUGUGAAGGGCCUAGAAAACAGAACCAGGACUGGUUUAGGAGGGCACAUUAUUUUGGACGGAGCAUUGUUAACUUUUUUCUGUUAUUACACUUUUAUUUACAUUUUCACUUGAAAUUGGAGAGCCAGUUAUUUGCAACACUGAAAUGUACUAUAAUAAUGUUCAAUAAAAAAUGUUGUGGCACAAUUAACUAUUAGGUCAAGAGUUCAAGACUAUCUUGUUGAU